GGCCUCAGAUUGCAGGAAAUGUUCCCACGAUCAUAAAAGCUGACGAGCGCGAUCACUGAGAUCUUCUCUUGAUGCAAAGUUCUCGUACUUCGGUGAAUUGUUUUCCAUUGCGGUUUACACGUCCAACCCGCUAAAACUGUUUACGGUUAAUGCGUCGAUGGAGUUCUUUCAUGCCGAGUAAACUUUGCAGUUGCUUGUUCCAAACUCAAUUUUGGACUGAACGGGGGAAUAACUUGUUUCGGACGAGGCACGUUGCUGGCAUGAAUGGGUUUUGCUUCUUGGCCUCAGCCGUUUACUGAUUUAAUUGGCUCUCUAGUUUAAACUACUCGUCUCUGUACUGAGAUUGACCCCGGGAACUAACCAUCUUCUAUGAUGUGCUUCGUAGAUGAUUCGAAGCGCCAAUUUGGUGGCCUCUUUAUCGAGUUCAAGCAGAAAAUCGGACAGAAUUCACAUUCGAGACGAUACAUUAGAAGAAAUAAGUGGGUUUCAUCCGUACAACGGCCCGAUGCGUAGGGCAGCCUCAAGUUUAACUUCACCGCAACCACCGAUCAAAAGAUUUCACUUCGACAGCUACUCACCGAACGAGUUGGCGCCUUCAAAUGGCAGCCUUGAUUCGGCUCUUUACCAAGCACAGAUUUCAUCUAACGUCCAAGGAAAUUAUGUUCCAGUUUCCGAAAGCCAUCGCGACCGAAGGGACCCCUACCACAGGGUGGGUGUAUACUCAUCAACUCCAAAGCACGGUCAUGAUGCAUUAGCAAGCCCAGAGACCAGGGGUCUAGCUCCUAUUAACAUGACUGCCGGACAGCCAAGCCCACCCACAACACCCUCUCCACUACCUGAUGAUGAAGAAUGCUUGCACAAUGAGAGUUCAAGAAUCCCCUUCUGUCCAUACAUACCAACCAAGUUGACAAAAGCUGCCAUGGACAGAUAUCUCACUGAUGUAGUCCACAGAAAUGGCCUACAAACUGUGGUGAUAUUCCAUGCCAAAGUUGCUCAGAAAUCUUAUGGGAAUGAGAAAAGAUUCUUCUGCCCCCCACCGUGUGUCUAUUUGUUUGGUGAGGGCUGGCGUAAUCGGCAACGGCUUCUGCAACAGGCUGGGGAAGAUGAUGGAAACAAUCAACAACCAGUGGCUUUUAUUGGAAUCGGCAAUAGCAGUGAGCAAGAAAUGCAACAACUAAUUAUAGAAGAAAAGGUGCGACAGGAGCAUGCCUUAUGGGGAUACGGUGCUGCCAAAACGUUAUUUAUUUCGGACUCCGACAAAAGAAAACAUUUUGAGCUAUCAGUCAAGUUGCUCUACCCAAAUGGUGACCAUGUUGGCAUUUUUAACUCAAAGAGAAUAAAGGUCAUAUCCAAGCCAUCUAAAAAGAAGCAAUCAUUAAAGAAUGCAGACUUGUGUAUUCAGUCUGGUUCUACAGUAGCCCUGUUCAACAGACUCCGCUCUCAGACUGUUAGCACUCGGUAUCUGCAUGUAGAGAAUGGAAACUUCCAUGCAAGCAGCCAGCAAUGGGGAGCUUUCACUAUACAUCUGUUGGAUGAUGAAGAGUCAGAAAGUGAGGAAUUUACUGUAAGAGAAGGCUAUAUUCACUAUGGCUCCACUGUCAAGCUUGUCUGUUCUGUUACUGGGAUGGCUCUACCAAGACUUAUUGUAAGGAAAGUGGACAAACAGACGUCACUGCUAGAUGCUGAUGACCCAGUGUCACAGUUACAUAAGGUUGCAUUUUACAUGAAAGACACAGAGCGCAUGUAUUUGUGUUUGUCUCAAGAAAGAAUAAUACAGUUCCAGGCGACUCCCUGUCCCAAAGAAAGCAAUAAAGAAAUGAUAAAUGAUGGAGCAUCAUGGACAAUUAUAAGUACAGACAAAGCAGAGUGUAACUUCUAUGAGGGUAUGGGUCCUGUUCGCUCUCCUGUGACUCCGGUUCCAUUUGUGAGUCACCUUCAACUUAAUGGCGGGGGAGAUGUUGCGAUGUUGGAGCUAACGGGAGAGAACUUCACGGCAAACCUCAAGGUGUGGUUUGGAGAUGUUGAGGCUGAGACGAUGUACAGAUGCGGAGAAAGUCUUCUGUGCGUUGUACCGGACAUCUCGGCUAUACGGGGCGGAUGGAGGUUUGUCCGGCAGCCAACGGAGGUUGCAGUGAGCCUAGUAAGAUGUGAUGGUGUGAUCUAUCCUACUGGUCUAACGUUCACCUACACUCCCGAGCCAGUUGAACGUCCGGCACUCUCAGUUGCCGACUCAUUAUUACGAGGGGAGUUAUAACAGUGGGCUACAAGAGUCGGUAUUGCGAAAAGUAUAUAUCAGAGCUUCAGGAAGUGCAGGGAUCUAUGCUCCAAGAAUCAGCACAGGGAAUAAUUGUAUACUGUUCUCAACAUGUCGCUCACGAAAAAAAAGAGGAUAAUAACCACUGAGAGAUGGCAUAACAAACCUCAAAGAGCCAAAGACUUUGAUGCUUCCUUAAACGCUCUUCAGGCUGCGCUAUGCUAAUACUGGUCAUUCUCUCCUAAUUUGGUGUUUUACCGGACGUUCGGGUGUCCGGUGCCCUGUCCGGCCUCAUUACAGACAUGGUUGUAAACAACUGCUUUUUCGCUCCUGCAACACACGAACGCUGGAAACAUCAGUACAUACGUUACAAAGUGCAACAACAGGGGUACAGUCAACGUCUAUUUGAUUUUCACGUUUGAAUUUGAUGGACACAUUUAUUUUCACGUGCUAGACUUCCAUCUCUUUGAUUAUCGUACGCGAUUUCUUCGUGUAAAUACUGCUUUUACAUAGUGCAUAUUUCAUACUCGGAUCAGAGACCAUGCAUAUUCUACACGCGGUGGUGACGUCUGCCCUAUCAUAAGUAUUGUAUAAAACAUUAAAGUUAUUGUUAGUUCAAAGAGGUUAUUCUAAGUAACAAAGGCCUUCUAAAUUGGGAGCGUCUUUAUAACCCUGCUAACUCGAUAGUGUACAUAGUUUGGACGUGUUAGAAGACCAGAAAGCCUUAAUGCGUAUCCUGUACCGGGGCAUGGCCUCAGCUGACGGACAUUGAGCUCCUGUCGGACGUUCAGUUUAUCGGCCCGUUUUAGUGGUUUGACCCUUUUUCAUAGGGAGGGCUGUUGCUAUUUUGAUGACAUCAUUCCCACACCCUAAGGAAGACGCACCAAGCGGGUGUGCUAGACAUGUAUGGGCUCGCAAAUCCUUGAAUCAGCGGCAAUACCAUGGCGACGCAUGCGCAUAGGUCAGGAAGGGCCUGGUAGAUUAUUUAGUUAGUCAAAUGUAUCUAUAAUACUCAGAUGUACGUUAGUGUUGACGGAGUCGACCUCACUUAGCCAGCAUCUGGCUUCACCAGUACAUUCAGCGAAAUGCCAAGAUUGCUUACUCCAGCGGUUUUAAGUAUUCUUGCGAACUAGAAGAUAAAGGUAUAUGCUCUGAUUUCUGUCAAUCGAGAUUUUAUAUACGGAAAUACUACUCAUGAAUUCGCGAUUUAUGUUUGGCAUGAUUGCAUUCCGCAGAAUACUUACAUUCAAAUUUGUUGUGUCGCGGUGACCUUGAUGUAGCCAUCAGUCAGCCAUCAAACUCGUGCGUUGCAUGAUUUCAAUAUCGCCCCAGAAACCAUUUGGCUCUGCAUGCAAGAUAAAAGAGAGAAACCGAUUGACGAAACGUAAAACUUGGGUCAUCACGACACGAUGAAUUCAGUUAUCAACCGCUUUUUAGUUUGUUGGGAGGGGAGGGAGACUUCUUGAAUGCGACACCAGAUAUAUUAUUUGAUUAAAAAAAACUACUUUGAUGAUCUACCGUCAACAGAUUAUCAGGAUAGCUAUUGCAUUUUAUUACAACACAAAUGACUAUGUUAUACAGAAGACCUGGGAAUUAUUUUGUAUGGUCUGAUCCCGUAUAAAUAAAAACAUUAUGAUACAA